UUGAAUCAGGCUCACCGGUCGAAGGCGUCAUAACAUGUCAGUGUCAAUAGAUGCUGCCCGACACGACAGUGAGAUGCUGUGGCGAGCUGAAACUUCGAUCGUGAUGGUGGUCCACGCGGAGUAGGCCCGGAGGUCAGGUCUCCGGUCGAGCUGUCUAAGGUAUGAUAUCGUCAGAUGUCAGAGGUGCGGUCUAGCACAGAGAGACAGAAGGACUGCAACUUGGAUUGGUCUAUAAAUCCGACCGCCCACUCCUUCCCCGUUCCAGUCACCUCUUCUUAAUAUCAGAGCACCUUUCAGAAUCAUCAUCAUAGCGACCACUUCCAUCAAUGGCGGCCAUCAACGACAUCCUCAUCCCCUGCGCCCUGGCUGCCGUGCGCAAGGACAACCAGCUCCGCGUCUACGAAACGGCCGUGGACGGCGGCAUCCGGGAGGUGCAGUACGAAGGCCAGUGGAUGGGCGGCGAACCUGGCAACGUCAUCGCCACGGGCAAGGUCGGCACCCCCAUCGCCGCCACCAACAUUGGCUUCGAGCACAUCCGCGUCUACUAUGUCACGCCGGACAACCGCCUCGGCGAGGCCGCUUACGACGCCGGAGCCGGCUGGUACGACGGAAAUCUCACCGACCAGGAAUUCGACGUGGCCCCGUACUCGUCCGUUGCAGCAAUCUUCCUCGGCGGCAAGACCAUCCUCCGCGUCUAUGGUCAGCUGAGUGACAACACGAUCCAGGAGUGGGUCUGGGAUGGCAGUGGCUGGACCAAGGGAAGCAACCUCGGGCCCGCGCUUCCCGGCACCCAAAUCGCGGCCACGACCUGGGGCAAAGACCCCUACCAUCUCCGCGUCUACGCGCAGGACGCCAACCUCAACAUCUUCGAAAAAACCUGGGACGGCGCCGGCUGGCACACGGGACAACUCCACUUCCGUACUCAAGUCCCCCAGGCAGCGCUCGGCGUCACGUCGUGGGGCGAGGGCGGCAGCCUCGGCAUCCGCCUCUACUACGGCGCAGAGGAUAACGUUAUCAAGGAGAAGGCUUGGGACGGCAGCGGCGGCUGGUACGAUGGCGCCUUUGAGGAGGCCUGUCUGCCGGGAUCUAAUGUUGCUGCCAUCCCGCUCGAUAUUCUGCGCGUGUAUCUGCAGAAUGGCACGGAUGGUGCCGCUGUGACGGAGUUUAUGUGGUCGGAUGGUUGGAGUGUUGGGUACGCUGCCCUGCCUCCGGCUUGAUUUUCGCCUCGAGGUCUACUUGGGCAACUGGAAGGAAGUGCUUGUAGAUGGAAACGUGUCUCGCUAGGUAUCUAAGCUACCUUAGUAGAAAUGAAAUCUAUAUGAUUCUUG